AAGCAUACGAAACUUGGGCAACAGUUUUUAGGAUAGAACAAAACGCCUUUUUUUUUUCUGCAAAAUCAAAAUUUACCCAAAACCUCUCUAAUCCAAAAAGCUUCGAUCUUUAUCUUCUUAGACUGAGAAAGAUUGAGACUUUUUUUUUUAAUCUAGGGUUUCGAAGGUUUUAGGCAUGGAGGUGUGAAUUGUGAAGGCGGUGUUGGCUGUCGUUUUUGAGGUGUGAAUUGAAUUGAAUUGACUAGUCGGAGAAAAAGAGAGAGAGAGAGGGGAAGAUGAUAGUGGCCACGUCAGCGUCGUCGUCGUCGUCUUCGGCGAGUGUGGCGGUGGACAAGGCGACGAGCGAUCUUCUGAUAAACCCUGAUUGGACGAUGAACAUCGAUAUCUGUGAUUCCGUCAAUUCUCAUCAGUGGCAGGCAAAAGAUGUCGUAAAAGCUGUAAAAAGAAGGUUGCAGCAUAAGAACCCCAAAGUUCAAUUCCUUGCUUUGACGCUAUUGGAGACAAUGGUGAAGAAUUGUGGUGAUUAUAUCCAUUUUCAAAUUGCAGAGAGGAAUAUAUUGGGAGAGAUGAUAAAAAUUGUGAGGAAGAAGUCAGAUAUGCAGGUAAGGGAUAAGAUUUUGAUAUUGGUGGACUCUUGGCAAGCAGCUUUUGGUGGGCCUUCAGGAAAGCAUCCUCAGUACUAUUGGGCAUAUGAUGAGCUAAGGCGGUCUGGAGUAGAGUUUCCUAAGCAUUCCUUAGAUGCAGCUCCAAUGUUUGCACCACCUGUUUCAAAUUCAGUACCAAGACCUUCUCAAGCUGGAUAUGGAAUGCCUAGCAAUUCCUCAAGGCGGCUUGAUGAGACAAUGGCUACAGAAAACGAAAAUUUAACUUUGACAAGCCUGGAUUCUAUGAGGGAUGUUAUGGAGCUCUUGAGUGACAUGCUGCAAGCUGUGAACCCUAAUGACCGAUUGGGUGUAAAAGAUGAAGUCAUAGUUGAACUUGUCAACCAGUGUCGUGCCAACCAGAAAAAGCUGAUUCAUAUGCUAACUACAACCGGAGAUGAAGAACUUCUUGGACGGGGUCUCGAAUUAAACGACAGUCUGCAAAGUUUGCUUGCAAAGCAUGAUGCUAUAGCUUCUGGUUUACCUUUGCCAACCGCAAACUUUAGUCCUCAACCAGCUGAAAUGCCCGCAUCCAGUUCCAAGCAUACUGAAGCAAAAGACUCCAGCACAAGUGACUCUAGUCCAAGACCUAAAGCUAGUCCCUCUGCACCAGUUGUUACCACGUUCAGGGUCCAAAUUGAUGAAGAUGAAGAAGAGGAAGAUGAAUUUGCACAGCUAGCUCGAAGGCAUUCCAAACAAAGUUCCUCCAAGCCUACUGAAAGCACACCUAAUGGUACCAGUGAAGGUUUGGCAUUGGUAAGCGUAGAUCCGUCUCCGUCUGCAUCAGUGGCAACAUCUGUCCCAAACAACGCCUUAGUUCUGUCUGAUCCACCUGCUUCAACUAAGACUACACAAGAGCAGAACAUAAUUGACCUACUGAGUAUCACUUUGUCGACAACAGAAAUCUCCAGUGACACCUCUCCUCCUCCUCCAACAUCUGUCCCUCCCCCACUUCCGGCAUCUAACGGUAAUGUUCAUCAGAUACCUGUUUCCCCCGCUAUACAAGGCAAUCCCUAUCCUUCCCAAGCUUAUCCUGGAAAUCCUGGGCUUGGAUCCUACAACAGCUAUGUUGUUCCUUGGGCACAACCUCAGGCCCAACAACCUCAAUUCAGGCCGCAAUUACAGCCACAGCAACCUCAAUUCCAGUCGCAGUUUCAACCUCAAUAUCCCCAAUACUCUUCUGCCUACCCUCCUCCACCAUGGGCAUCUUCUCCUGGUUAUCCUAACAACCAAAAUCAUGUGCCCGCCAAUAGUACGUAUGCGGCUCCUCACACCAACACAACAGCUUACAUGCCAGCGCAAGGAGCAAGGCCUUUGCAGCAGUAUAAUUCGUUCCCUGCGAGAGGAACCACUGGGUCAGAUAACAACGGAGGUUUCCCAACAAAUCCUGGUCCCAGGAGCCCUGGACCUGCUGCAGGACAAAAGCCCUUCAUUCCCUCGUACCGAUUAUUUGAAGAUCUGAAUGUUUUUGGCAAUGCUGAUGGAAAGCUUAAGGUGGCGAACAGCAACCCAUCAUCUGGCUUCUCUGGAACUCCAGGCCAAGGUAUGGUGGGUGGGAGGAAGUGAAAUACUGGCGUACAGAACAGCCCAUGUGAAUAUGUGUUGCAACUCAGUAGCUGCAUCUUCUAUUUUGGAUGCACUGGAUGUUAUUUAGGUUGGCAGGCUCAUAGCCUUGAUUGUCAGUAUUAGCAGAUUCAUUGCUUCUAAGACUUCAUAUCAUUUCUUAAAACGUUUUCUGUUUUACUAGUAUUGUGAAGUGACAUCGGAGAACUUGGUUGGUUCCACAAAAUGUAUUAGUGACAGUAGUUAUCCUCUA